UGUCACGUGGAGGCAGGCUUUCCAGGACCGUGGGCAGGCAUGGCUGAGGCGGGAAAUGUCGCCUCGGGCCUCGGCCUUGCAGGAGAAGUCUCCCAGUGGCCUCUGAAGCGCUACGGUCGCUUCAUGCUCUUGGACACCGCAGAGUCGCCUGGGCCUAGCCCGGAGGAUGCUGUAGCGUCCUCGCCCACUUGGAAGGUUUUUGAGCCGAGUGAAGAGUCUGGGUCCCUUGUUCUCACCAUCGUUGUAUCAGGUCACUUCUUCAUUUCCCAAGGGCAGACACUACUGGAAGGAUUUUCGCUCAUUGGCAGCAAGAGCUGGUUGAAGAUUGUAAGACGCAUGGACUGUCUUCUGUUUGGGACAACGAUAAAGAACAAGAGCCGCAUGUUUCGUGUACAGUUUAGUGGGGAGACUGAGGAAGAGGCACUGGAACAUUGCUGCAGCUGUGUGCGGAUCCUGGCCCAGUACAUCACCGUUCAGGCACCUGACAGCCUCGGCCAGCAGCGUCAGCAGAGCCCAGGCCCACCGGGGGCAGGCGAAAGCCAAGGGAAGGACCCACUGCAGCAGGGGCCUGCCCUGAACCUGGAGCAGCAGGUAUAUGUGGCAGCUGGCACUGGUGCUCUGGAGGGAAGGACUUCAGUGAUGCAUCUAGCUCAGACUAUCCUGACAUCAGAGAAGCUGCCCCUAGCCUAUGAACAAUCUUCAUGGGGAGCAGAAGAGUUGCGCCCCUUUCUACGCUUAUGCCUCAUGGAUCAAAACUUCCCAGCAUUUGUAGAAGAGGUGGAGAAGGAACUUAAAAAGAUCACACAGAGCUAAGAAACUGAAGCCCUGCACACAUAUGCAAUUAAAGAACUGAAAAUAUUUGAAUAAAGAGUAUUAUUCCAAGCACCUUUUAUCAAUGUUUUAUUGUUAAAAACAGGUGAAUUCACUUUUUUUUUUGUACACCAUUGCACUUCAAUAAUUACACAGAACACAAGUACAUGCAUCUACAGUUAGUACCGAAUAAGAACCCAGUCAGGUUAUAAAAUCUAUCAUCAAUCAUUAAAUCGAUGUGAAAAAUACAGUGUCAAACCAAAAAGUGUAACUAGAGUUGCAUAGAGUAUCACCAUGCUCUUAACAUUUCAGGGUCAUU